AUGUCUUCCAGGACGUCCGCCAUCUUCACCCUCGCCAGCGUCACCGUCCUCGGCGGCCUCGUCGCCUACGCCGUCUACUUCGACUACAAACGCAGAAACGACACCGAGUUCCGCAAGCAGCUGAAAAAGGACAGGAAGCGCGUCACCAAGCAGACGGCGCAGACUCAGGAGCCUAGUGAUGGUGCCACCAUAGAGGAGCUGCGUGCUGCGCUGGCCAGGGUCCGGAGCGAGGACGUCCCUGCGUCCGCAGAGGCCAAGGAGCAGUACUUCAUGGCCCAGGUAGGCAUGGGCGAGCAGUUGUGCGCCCAAGGGCCCAUGUUCCACAUGCCUGCAGCCCUAUCGUUCUACAGGGCACUGAGGGUGUAUCCCUCACCCGUAGAGCUUAUCGCCAUAUACCAGUCCACCGUGCCACCUCCCGUGUUCAAGAUUGUGAUGGAAUUGACGAACUUGGACGUGAGUACCCCUUCAUCCCCCCCGGAGAGGAGCGCGCGGACGCAUAGUGAGGCUUCAGAGGAGGAUGAGACUAGUCCGGUGAGGACAGGUCCCCCAUCGGAGACAUCUUCGCAAGAGUGGGACCGGCUCACAGACCCUGGUAGCCAGACCCCGGCGGUGAAGGCGCGCGUCGAAGGUUACUACGAGGCGUUCCCGCCUAAGAGUAUGAACGUAUCGGUGCUCCCCGCGCCCAGUGACCCUACGAAAGUACGCAAGGUCCUCGUCGUGACGAGAAACUUCGAAGCGGGAGAUGUCAUCUACAAGGAACAACCGGUAGUUGCAGUGCUCGACGCCGAUCUCCAAGGGAAGGAGGCGUACUGCUCACACUGUCUGCGGCAUAUCCAGAAGGGCAUGGCGAUCCGGCCAGACCAGGACCGUCUCGGGUCCGUAUACUGUUCGAAGGAUUGUCAGGUCAAAGCAAAGGUCGAGUCGCAGAAUCUGCUCUUCGGACUGGAGCCCGUGCUGCCCGCUGAGCUGGACAAGGGUAUGUCCUUGCUAACGCGGCCCCAGCGCGACGCGGCGCAGGCCAAGUAUGCAGCACAUCUCAAGUCCGGAGGCAGGUCGGUGCCGCUGCUCGCGGCACGCUUCGUCGCGAAGCAGGUGGUGAUCGAGACGGCGAAGAUGAUGCCAGUCAAGACGGGCCCGCUCGCAGACGAGCUGACGGCGGCUUCUGCGAGCGAGUACAGCCUAUACGAUCACCUGGAGCGGCUACGUUUCGUCGAGGGCAAGGCGAAUGAAGAAGGGACGUCGCUGCUCUGCGACGUUCUGGGGGCUGCGUUGCCCGGUCUGGAGAAGUCCUUGACGGAAGAGAGGCAUGCGGUUUACCAGGGCAAAAUGGCGUACAACGCGAUUGGUGUAUGUUAUUCUGGCGGGAGGGACGACAAGCCAACCCCGACGGAGCGGCCGGAGGACCAAGAACAUACGCGUACACCUUACGGGACAUCGCGACAGAUCGGUUCUGGGCUGUAUCUCGUCUCUUCCUAUAUUGCACACUCUUGCGAUCCGUCCGCCCGGCCUUCGUUCAGCUCUGGCACUUCGGAGCUGACGCUCAUCGCAACUCGCCCGCUCAAAGAGGGCGAUGAGAUCACAAUGGCGUACGUCGACAUCAGCCAGCAUACAGAGGAGACGCCUGUGGAGGCGAGGCGGCGUCGCCGAGUUGAGCUCGCGCGGGGCUGGCGGUUCAAAUGCGAGUGCUCACGCUGCGUGAGCGAGACGGCGGACGGCCACGAGAGCGACGUCGGCAUUGAAAAGGACGAGUCCAAGGUGGAGGAGGUGGUCACGCGGGUCGAGACGGGCUCGGGUGCGGAGACAUUCCUUCAGGAUCCUGCUUGA